ACUGAAUUUUACACUAAUGUUGUCUUGUGCAUCCGUAGAUUUUAUUUAACUGAUGUUUUGAUCAUUACUUGAUCAUUAAUCAGUAUCAUGGUACACAUGUCAUUUUAAUUGAAGGUGCUGCAGUGGCCAAAAUGUCGGAAAAAAUUCAAACAGUUUUAGGUCCCAUUGACCCAGCCAACUUAGGGGUAACCUUGACCCAUGAACAUCUUUCUAUUGACUCUGGGGCGCUCGGACUUCCAAUCGAUCCAAAAUAUAAGUAUCUGGAAGACGCACCAGUAGCCCUAGACACUCUCUGGUAUAUCAGACAAAAUCCUUACUCAGUCAAAGCAAACCUGAGCAUAGAAAAAGAAAAUGGAGCAGUUUUUGAAGAAAUGGAUUUUUUUAAGAAAAAUGGAGGAGGAACAAUUGUGGAAAACACCACACUUGGAAUCAAGAGAAACAUUAACUUUUAUAAGAAUGUUGCCAAGGAGACCGGGGUGAAUGUCAUAGCAGGGACAGGAUUUUAUGUUGAAUCUUCAAGACCGGAGACAUUAAAGAUGACAUCAGAAGAAAUGGCGGAAGUGAUGAAAACCGAUCUCCUUCACGGAGCGGAUGGUGGUGACAUUAAAUGCGGAAUAAUUGGAGAGAUUGGGUGUAGCUGGCCACUGGGAAAGAGUGAGAAAGUAGCCAUACAAGCUACAGCCAGUGUUCAGAGUGAGCUACGAUGCCCUGUCAACAUCCACCCAGGCAGGGAUCACAAGGCCCCAUUUGAGAUUGUGCGCGUGUACCAGGAGGCAGGGGGUGAUGUCAACAAGCUAGUGAUGGCUCAUCUAGACAGGACAAUUCUCGAUAACGAUGAGCUGGCAGAAUUUGCAGCACUGGGGAGUUACUGCGAGUAUGAUUUGUUUGGUAUAGAAACCUCGAUGUACACCCACGAUCUGAAAGUGGACAUGCCAAGUGAUGCUCAGAGAGUUGAGAAAAUCAAGUUCCUGAUAGACCAGGGUUAUGAAGAUAAAAUUGUAAUAGCCCAUGAUGUCCAUACUAAACAUAGACUGAUGAAGUAUGGUGGCCAUGGGUAUUCCCACAUUCUCCUUAAUGUGGUCCCUCAGAUGCUUCUCCAUGGAAUAUCCCAGUCUAUCAUUGAUAAAAUACUAAAGGAAAAUCCCAGAAACUGGCUCACAAUGAGGAUUCAGUGAUUGACCACAAUAGUGUACUAACUGACUAUUAUAUAUCCAUUAUACAUGUAUAUCCUAAGACAUUGCUCAAACAGAGAAACGAAUUCAUUAUGAAAUAAUUUAAGCCACAGAUGCUCAAAUGAAUGGGGCAGCAAUUUAUGAUUACUCUUAUAUUAUUCAGUAACUGUGAUGAUUGUCAUUUUAUUCAUCCACGAAAAAUAUGUUUAUGAAUAAAUUUACACAUGAACACAGAU